AUGGCUACCCGAGAGACGGCCGAUCUGGGCGAGGCCCAUUUGCCCAAGCACGAGUCCAUCAAGGCGUUUGGCGAGAUUGAGCACGAGCUCCGGAAGCAGCUCGUGCAUCUGCGCCACGACCACGACAAACAUCAGCCAGAGAGCUUUGCUGCCGCAUCCGGCCUGUCGGAUCACGAGCUGGCCUCGUUCACGUCUCACGAUUUGGUGCUCGUCCGCGUCGCCUCUACGGCCUACGGCAUCAUCCUGUUUGGCAAGCUGCGCAUCCCAGCGCUCGUGGCGGCGGCCGGCGGCGACGAAGCCGCGCCGGCCUACGUGCACUUCCGCGCCUUUGACGAGGGACCAAAUUCGAAGGCCUGCUUCCACAGCUUCUACACGCGCGAGAUUGACACGCCCACCGACGAAGGCGACGGCCACCUGCACACGUACCAGACCCUCCUCCCGGCGACCGAAGCACUCGAGUGGUUCUGA